CUGAAGCACGUGAGUAAUUUUUUGGCCGACUUUUUUUUGUUUAUGACGCGGUCUCACGUCUCGAGUGCCAUCAUUUGCCUGCCACGUCUCAUUUAUUUCGAUACGAAUAUGGCAGAAAAUGAGAAUUCGGAUACUAUUUCAGUCACGGAAACACUGAGUCAUGUUGAAACUGUUCCAGUAGUUACCGAAACGCAAUCUGCUACACUGUCAUCAGAACAACCAAACACAACAGAUGUUACAAUAGAUGACCAAGUGAAAUCUGAAAUUACAGUUUUGCCAGGAGUCAGGAGUUAUAUUGAAGAGGCGAAUCCGGAUAGAUCAUGUCAUUUUACACACGAUUUCGAAGAAAUUCUUGAAGCAUCUGAUAAAGAAGAUUUAAGUUGCAUAUAUUGCACUGACUAUGUAUCUUGUGACAUAGAUCAUUUUAAGAAUCAUUUGUUGAGAGUACAUUACACAUUUGCAUACAAUUAUAUGCUUGAUGAACAGAAUGUCUGUGUCUUGCCAUGUAGAAGGGCUUGUAUAACUCGACCUAAGCAAGGUAAUCGAAGUCAUUUUCAUUGUCCAUCUUGUGGCAGAACAUAUGGAAGAAAGCCUGCUCUCGCACAUCAUGUUGAAUCUUGGAAAGGUAACUGUUUUCCCUUGGGACAACUGCAGAGAGAAAAACCACUCCGAGGGCAUCAGCGUUUACGAAACAAGAUACACUCAUCCAGUGAUAUUAUGGGUAUAAAAAAUGGAAGAUUUAGUCUAGAUCCUCCCAGAUCUGCUGCCAGCUUCAUAGAGGAACAUUUGCAAAAUGCCAGUGGAAGUGAUGUUGAAAUUCAAUAUGGAGACUCGUCACCUGAAACUUCUUAUACAGUAGUGGUGGAGAAUGGAGAGUUGGAGGAAGAGAGUGUGACAUCGCCUGCGAAACGAAGCAGAUUAUCAGAUAACUCUAUUCUUGACAUGUCUAGUGAACCAAGACUUCAUGGUGCUGUGAAAAUGUAUUCAAUGUCUGCGAAGAAAAACCUUUCAGAUGCUGAUGAUGAGGCUGCAACCUAUUUUGGGAAAACUGUGUCAUCAAGAAUUCGGGGUUUAAGUGGAAAGAAACGUGCGGAAGCAAUGCAGAAAAUAAUGCAAUUGCUUUUUGAAAUUGAAUAUGCAGACAUUUAACAUUUUUGAAGAUCGGAAAUGUAGUAGAUAAUAUGGUACAGUAGAGCGUUGAAGACACUAAGGUGGUGCUCAUAUGAAGAGAUGCCUGCUUGCCAUUGUGCGGCUGUCUAUUGCUGUGAUAACUGAAGUGAUAUUUUUUGAUUAGUUGUUGACAAUGUUUUUUUAUAAUGUGAUAUUAAUUAGAUAUUAGUGUUGACUUUGAACUCUAUUUUAAAAAAAUAACACUGAACUCUGUUUUUUUUGAGAAAAAUUACGAUUUACAUAUGA